UUGGUGCCGUGUGCAGAUGAACUGUUUAAAUACAAUGAAAAAGAGAAGAGAGGCAUAAACUUCUUUAGUGACCGCUGAGGGGUAGUCACCAUGUGGAAGUUGCUAUUCGUCGUUUUAGUCGCUCUGGCGACAGCCGAGAAAGUGAAGUUCGACAACUACAAGGUGUUCCGUGUUGUACCUCAGAAUGAAGAGCACCUGGAAAUGCUGCGAGGUCUGGAAGAAGUGUCUGACUCGUAUUCCUUCUGGAAAGAGCCAAGCACCGUUCUGAAUUACGCUGAUGUGAUGGUCGCUCCCCACAAGGAACCGGAAUUCAAAGACUUGAUGAACCAAUUCAACGUACCCUUUGACGUCUACGUUCCGGAUGUUCAAUCUCUGAUCGAUAGUGAAAUGCCACCGGUUCAGCCUUUAGCUGGAUUCGACUUGAACAACUAUCACACUCUCAACGAGAUCUACGCGCACUUGGACGAUUUGGCUAGAUCCAACCCUGGCAAGGUGCAAGUAAUCGUUGGUGGAAAAACGUACGAGGGCCGUCAAAUCAAAGGAGUGAAGCUCUCCUUCGGUGGCAACAAGCCUGGAAUCUUUAUCGAGGGUGGUAUCCAUGCCAGAGAAUGGAUCACUCCAGCAUCGAUCCUUUACAUGUUGAACGAACUUCUGUACAGUAAAUCAGCUGACGUCAGAUCAUUGGCUGAAUCUCACGAAUGGUACAUCUUCCCUGUCUUCAACCCUGAUGGAUACGUGUACACCCAUACAACGAACCGUUUAUGGAGAAAGACCCGCAAACCUUACGGUGUUCUGUGCUACGGAUCAGACCCUAACAGGAACUGGGGUUACAAAUGGAUGUCUGGUGGUUCCAGCAGCACCCCCUGCUCCGAGACUUACGCCGGAAGUGCAGCGUUCUCCGAUAUCGAAACUAAAACCAUGUCCGAUUACAUCAAAUCAAUUUCCAACAAAUUCUAUGCCUACAUUUCUUUCCAUAGCUACUCUCAACUUUUGAUGUUCCCCUAUGGUCACACUAAGGAACACCUUGAAAAUUACGACGCGUCUCUGCAAAUUGGUCAGAAGACAAUUCAGGCACUUGCUAAACGUUAUGGAACUCGUUAUCAGACCGGAAACGUUGCUGAAACCAUCUAUAUUGCUAGUGGAAGUUCAGUUGACUGGGUGAAAGGAACUUUCCACAAACCAAUCACUUAUACUUAUGAACUGAGGGACACUGGUCGUCAUGGUUUCGUACUUCCUGCUGACCAGAUCAAACCCACCGCUGAGGAAACUCUCGACUCUUUGGUUGCCAUGUUCAAAGAAUCCAAGACACGUGGAUACGAAUAAACGAACAAAAAUGUCUUCUAAACAAUUUAUACAACAUUGUACACAGUGAUUUAUUGUUAUAUUCAUAUCUACAAUAAAUUUUGGUAGUUUUAUUAAAAUUA